AUGAAAUCAGUCUUACUUUUUCUUUCAAACGGACUAGCAACCAGAGAAUUCGGACCACGAAACAAGGCAUUUGAGUUUUACGAAGAUACAGGGGUCAACUGGUUUGACGCAACGAAAUUGUGCUAUGAAAGAGGUGGAGAGCUUGCUCAUUUUGAUGAUCCUUACGAUCAUCUUUAUGCGAUGAAGGGCAUCCCUGCAUCAGCGAAAGUAUGGAUCGGAUACAGUGAUCUUGGAAACGAAGGCAACUGGCUGACAGUCCGUAACGAACCGGCCGAGUACGUCCGCUGGGCGUCAAGCGAGCCCGAUAAUCGCAACGGACUUGAGCACUGCGGUAUUCUUGUGAUGGGCCCUUGGGGACGCGGUCGGUUUGUUGAUGGCGAUUGCGAAUCGACUACUGGAAUCGCUGAGUGGACACAGCCUGUCCAUGUUCUGUGCAGAUUUGAUGGGCCGAAACCGCCGCCGCCAACAAAAAGCGCAAUCGAACUUGAGGUCAUGAAAAAACUCGGCAUUCCACUGCCAACAACGACGACUACGGCUGAUCCUACGUUACCUAGCUGGGCGCAGACAACAACGACUACUAUGACAACGCCGGAAGUAGCGAAGAAUAACCCCGUCCUUGAUCCACAGCUGAUCGACGAUUUGGAAUCGACAAAGGCAAAGCUUGCGGAGAACAGCUCAAAAGUUUCGAAAAUACUGCUCCAGCUGGACAAUCAGGAUCGAGAGCUUAAAAUGAUCGGAAGUGUGACCAGUUUCUUGAAAGAGGACAAUAUGAAAAUCUUCAAUCAUUUGGAAGAAAUCACCAAAAACAAAUCUUCGCACCCCACUCCUGAAGAAACAGAAGGCAGUGCAGAAGAAGAAGGAAGCGGGAAAACUGCAGUCGAGAAAAAACCUAUUGCAGAAGCUCCAGUAGUAAUUCAAAGCUCUGCUGCUAGUAAAGAACAGGAAUUGUUCAUGCAACAACAGAUGGAGCUCAAUCAAAAAUUAUUGAAAAAACUCGAGAAACAAAAAGAACUAAUCAACGAAAUCCGUGCGAAAUCAAAGUCUAAGAAAAACACAUCCGUCAGUGGAGCAACCGGCUUUCAAAUCAGUCAAGCAGUAGAACUAGCACUUCAGGAAGAACGAUCGAAAAAUGGCAAUCUGGAAAAGACAGUCCAACAACUGAAGGCGAAACUGAUGACGUUCGAAAAUCAAAUGUCCGAAGUAAAUAAUAUCCUACUCGAGUACAAGCAGAGGAAGGGUUGA